AUGGCCGAGUCCGUCCCCCCCACACCUCGCCUGUGGCCCUCUGACGGGACACAUUGCCGUUUCCCUGUGUUGGCUAGUCACAGGGCUACCGUUUGGCAGGAAAUCAGGGCCAAAGGGGGCGUAUUGCUUGCCGGGGUCCCCACCCCGCUCGGGCUCAACCCCCCAGGAUUCCUUCAUCCCUGCACAGACGUAGACGGAGACAAAGAUGAAGACGAAGACGAAGACGAAGACGAAGACGAAGACGAAGACGAAGACGAAGACGAAGACGAAGACGAAGACGAAGACGAAGACGAAGACGAAGACGAAGACGUAGAGGUAGACGUAGACGGAGUCGGAGACCCUUUCCGAAAAGAUGCAAAAAAAAGAAAGGCUCGCAUCAGGUUGCACUGA